AUGGGGCAGCAAAGUGCCAAGGAGUUGAAGCGUCCGCAGGAGAAAUGGGAACCACCCGUGGCCUCUGAUAUUGGUAAAAAGAAAAAGCGCCAUGGACCCGACACGGCCGCAAAACUACCGAAAAUAUACCCCGCAAAGGCGUGUUUACUGAAGCAAUUGCGGCUUGAACGGUGUAAGGACUAUUUGCUGCUGGAGGAGGAACUUCUCAAGACAAUAGGCGCCCAACGAGAGGCGCAGGAGAACUUGGAAGAAGGAGCUAUGUCUCAUUAUGAGGCGGAAUUGAGUAAAGUAGAUGCCCUGCGAGGAACUCCAAUGGAGGUGGGAACAUUGGAGGAAGUUAUUGAUGAUACACACGCCAUUGUCUCUUCCUCUGGAUCAGAGUAUUAUGUACCCAUGCUUUCUUUUGUGGAUAAGGAAAAACUUGAAUUGGGUUGCAGUGUUCUUUUACAUGAUCGCUUUCACACCAUUGUGGGUGUCCUACAGAGUAAUAAUGAUCCUCAUGUAAGUGUAAUGAAAGUAGAUAAAGCUCCACAGGAAACGUAUGCGGAUAUUGGUGGUCUUGAAGAACAAAUUCAAGAGAUUAAAGAGGCUGUGGAGUUCCCACUUUCACACCCAGAAUUAUAUGAUGAGGUGGGCGUAAAACCCCCAAAGGGUGUAAUUCUCUACGGUGUGCCAGGUACAGGAAAGACAUUACUUGCAAAGGCAGUGGCAAAUCAAACAAGUGCUACCUUCUUGCGUGUGGUGGGAUCUGAGUUAAUUCAGAAGUAUUCAGGUGAGGGACCAAAACUUGUACGUGAGUUAUUCCGAGUUGCAGAGGAAAACAGUCCUUCUAUUGUUUUUAUUGAUGAAAUUGAUGCUAUUGGAACUAAACGUUAUGAUACAGAUAGCAGUGGAGCAAAAGAGGUUCAACGUACCAUGUUGGAACUUCUCACACAACUGGAUGGAUUUGACAGUUGUAAUGAUGUAAAAGUCAUUAUGGCAACCAAUCGUAUUGAGACACUUGAUCCUGCACUUAUUCGACCUGGUCGUAUUGACAGGAAAAUUGAAUUCCCAUUCCCAGAUGAAAAGACGAAAAAGAUGAUUUUUGAAAUUCAUACCAGCCGUAUGUCAUUAGCCAGUGAUGUGGAUAUAUCUGAGUUUAUUCACUCUAAGGAUGAGAUGAGUGGGGCGGAUAUUAAAGCCAUCUGCACAGAGGCCGGUCUGUUGGCACUGCGGGAUCGACGUAUGAAAGUCUGUCAGGCGGACUUUGUAAAGGGAAAAGAGAAUGUGCAGUACCGAAAAGACAAGAGCAGCUUCUCAAAGUUCUACCUGUAA